AUGUCUCUUUUUUACAGAAUUAUGGGAUUCGUAUCACUAAAUGUAUUAUUGUACGUUGUACGAAUUCAUGGAUUAGAAAAUCUUGCACUACAUCAGCCAACUUGGGGGCAAUAUUCAUGGCCAGACAGGAGUAGAGACUUUGGUAGUGAGAAUGCAGUGGACGGUAUGUACACUGAUCGUGGAGCUAAUGGGGGCCAAUGUACAAUAUCUGUGGAUGGCGUAUACAAUGCAACAUUGGGGGUAGACCUGGGGAGAGUGGUCAGCAUUAGUCAUAUAGAUAUCUACUACAGGACGGAUAACCUAGGUUAUAGUUAUUACAUGUAUACAGGGAGAGUUGCGGGCUUUUUUGUCUAUGUGUCCAACACAACCUCUAAAGACGACGGAUAUCUCUGUUAUCACGAUAAAUCAACCAAAGAGGGCAUGUUGUCAUCAGACCAGCAUAUAAACUGCACCCUUCAUGGACGAUACGUUAUCUACUACAAUGAACGUAAACCAGGUGUUAAUUACCCUACCUUCUAUUCUAAAUAUGCAUAUCAUGAACUCUGUGAGCUAGAGGUCUACGGGUGUAAUGGAACCUAUGGAGAAGAUUGCGUUUAUCCCUGCCCAACAAACUGCCAAGACAGGAGGUGUGAUAUCAAUACAGGCCUCUGUUUUAGUUGUGUUCCAGGAUAUAAGGGUCCACAAUGUAACUUUGUCUGUAACAACAAUACCUACGGACCAGAAUGUGCUUUAAAAUGUGGCAACUGCAGCAAUGGAGAGACGUGUCACCACAUCAACGGUACCUGUCUUCACGGAUGUGCUGUAGGAGGCGAAAGCUGCCAGGAAGGAUGUCAAUCUGGAUAUUAUGGACGAAAUUGCAGUCACCGUUGUAGCGAAAACUGCAUUGUCACCAGUCAAUGUGACAGAUUUACAGGACGAUGUGACGGUGGGUGUAAACCAGGAUGGGCAGGAAACACAUGUAACCAAAUUAGAGCAACCAACACACAACCUUGUUCAUGCACAGAGAGCUACACCAUUGUAAUCGUCGUGGUAUCAGUUCUGAUAGUUGUCACAGGAAGUCUGAUAAAUUUUGUCAUCUGGAAGAGAAAUGCUGCGAAUUUAUGCAGAAUGAGAUAUAUAGAGAGACAUUUAAAACUUUGUUUAUGUUUUAGCCUGGGGAAUAUGCCGCAACCUACAAGUAAAAGAGAGGAAAAGGAUCAUCAGUAUACAGAACUUGAAGAGAUUGACAAAUCCAAGACAUAUGAAGAAAUCCAUAGUUAUUCAAACUGAAACCGGCAGUAACCUAACGUCUUUGAAGAGGUUUUCAACAAAGAGCUAGAGCUACAAAGCAUCAAAAUGUGGCACAAAAUUUGUUUCUGUUUCUCUACAACUGUAUUUAUUUCACCUCGAGCUCGGCACAAACGCAACAUCAAACAUGCCAUCGUCGUGGAAAUUGUAGCUUUAUCUGCAGUUUUUGCAAAAUUUGAAUAGGGACAAUGUUGAGAACUUCUUUAAAACUUUUAAAAAUGAGAGACAUUGCCAAUAUCUGCCUUCCUGCAAAAUUUCUUAGAAGUACCUGCUUGACUAAUAUGUAUUUUAAACAUUUUGAAAAAUAUGCGACAUGUAAAAGAAAAUAAAACAAAACACUUUUUCAUAGCAAUAUUUAUUUCCUUAAUUCUCACUGAAAAUUCUUAAUAUAGGAAUAUAAUUAUUUGGGAGU